AUGGAUCCUGUCACGGCCGUUGGCCUAGCGUCUGCCAUCAUUUCCUUUGUCCCUUUGGGCGUCAAAUUACUACAGAGCGCGCGGGAAAUUCGCGACUCUGUCGACGGUAGCGUGGAAAAAAACCUGACGCGAAAGGCUAUAGUGGAUGAGAUGCAAGCCCUUUCUCGGAGACUUAAAUCAGCAGAUCAAGCCAGAGUCCUACCAGAGCAGAGGGGUCUUUACGACCUCGCCCUAAAAUGCCACGAGUUAUCGCAGAAAAUCCUCGACGUCCUCGAUAAGAUCAGACCCAAAAGUAAGGGCUCUUUUGAGAACUUUCGGUCUGCGUACAGGGCUUGGAGUUGCGAAAGCGAGAUUAAGAAUCUGGAGAAGCAGCUCAACGACUGUCGGAGUCAGUUGGCAUUGAGCAUAGUGGAUCUUUCAAGUCAAGACUCGGCAGUGUACUCGAAAAGGAUUCUAGCCAUGGCCCAAACCGAUGCAUCGCGACUAGAAGAACUUCAAAGGCAUACAGAAGCGUUGAGGAGUGGCGUGCAAGUUGAGCAAAUCGGGACCGAAGCCGGUACUCAACUACGCCGUCUUCUAGGUCUUCAGGAUGAUGCUCUUGCUGCCAUUUAUCAGAAUCGAAUUCUUGAAAGCAUUAAAUUCGAGAACAUGCACGAAAGAGAUGACAGAGUUCAUUACCCUCAUGAAAAGACUUUCAACUGGCUGAUAGAAGAUGAUGAGACCCUCGAGAACGAGGCAACGGGGAUGAGCAAGUCCGAGACCCUUGACAUGCAUGAGAUGAAGUCGAAAUCAAGGGAACUUUUCAUGAAUUGGCUGUCUUCAUCGGAGGGCAUCUUCCAUAUCUCGGGCAAACUGGGCUCAGGCAAGUCCACGUUGAUGAAACUGCUUUGCAGACAUGGGCAAACUCGACUUGAACUUAAAAAAUGGGCAGGGAAUAGAUCCCUCCUCAUCACCCAGUUUUUCUUUUGGACACCCGGAACCGAAAUGCAAAAGUCUUUGGAUGGUCUCUACCGCUCUCUUCUCUACGACAUACUCCACGCAUUUCCUGAACUUAUCAAAAAUGUCUUACCAAAUAUUUGGAAGGAAGUCGAGACUAGCCCUUGGCAGAUACAAACUAAGUUUGACUUGCCGAUCGAUGUUGUCAAGUCUGCCCUUGAACAGAUCAUUUUCAACAGCGAAUCGUGCGCUCCUCGGGUCUGCUUCUGCUUCUUCGUUGAUGGCAUUGACGAGUACGACGAGUCACAUAGCAGAGAUCAUAUUUAUCUUGUAAGAUUGUUAAGACACUGGGUCAAGGACUCUGAAGGGAGGUUGAAAAUGGUUGUUUCCAGUCGAGACUACAACGUAUUCCUGAACGGGUUUUCGGCGGAUUAUCGGCUCCAACUUCACGAACUGACCUGGUUUGACAUGAGACAAUAUGUUCAGGAUUCAUUAUCUCACCUUCCAAACUCUACUCUCAAAGAGCAUUUACUUAAAACUAUUCCAAAGAAAGCAUGCGGUAUCUUCUUCUGGAUAGUUUUGGUGGUUAAUGAGAUCCGGAAAAAGAUCGAGGAUGACGUGAAGCAGGAUCAAUUACUUCAACUCCUUGACGGUCUUCCACCUGGCUUGGAAGCGUUGUUUGAGCAUAUCCUCAACAAACUCGACGAAAACAACCGAAGGACUGCUUAUCAAACCAUGGCACUAUUGAGAACUGCCAAUGAUAACUAUCUGACCUUGUCUCUGAUGGAGUUUUCGUUCCUUGAAGAUUAUCACAGAGACUCGGAACUCUCGAUACGAGACGAGUUUAUGUCUCGCUACGCAACGGAUUCAGAUGUCAGUAGAACACCAGAGACUUACGGCAAAAGGCUUCGUGGUUGCUGCGGUGGUCUUGUCGAGUGUUACUCAUCCAAACCAAACUAUUACGGCCCUUGGGGAGUCCUUAGCUUCACACACAGAUCUAUUCCCGACAUGCUUGAGAGACCAAAGAUCAAAGCAGAAAUGCAGUCAUACCUGAAGGGUUUUAGUAGCGUUGACGUACUGUCUUACUUGAUCUUUGCGGCAGCGCGAUUCCUGCGGAAGGAUAAGACAGAAGUCAAAGAUUCAUGCGCUAGAGUAACAUGGAUGCGUCUGGAAGCGAGGAUUGAUAGACCACCGUAUCGAUUUCUGCAGUAUGUAUCGUCAUGGGUCGGUGAUCCUCUCGACAUGAAACCUGAACCAAGCUAUCCUCUCUUGCACCAGGGUAUCCAGGUAUAUGUCAACCGUGGACGGCAAAGCUUGGAUCGAUAUGGGGUAAUUACAGGACUGGAGACAUUCAGUGUCCUAUGUCAGGCUGCACUCAUAGGCCAUAUUGAGUACGUUGAAUGGUUUUUAAAGAAUAACCUCGAAGCUAUCGGCAAGUCAUGGAAGACGUCUCUUGUUGGCAACGCACUUCUGCAAGUCUAUAUUCGAGUUGGUCUACCUAUACAGUUGUUGAGCUAUUUCUUCGAGGGCCAUUUCCUGUCGCUUGAACGAAUUCCGUUCGAGGCCAAGAACCUUCUCCUUGAUGGCAACCCUCCAGGAAGUCUUACGGUCGGCCCCCGCUCGUCUAUUGCCUAUGACUAUGCACUUUCAGACGACCACACCGUUUGGGAAAGAAUCUUAUUUUAUUGUUUCCUAGGCUGGGUUGGCAUGGCAUAUCCGUUCCAUACCGAUCGAUUUGGUCUUGCUGUUGAGCAAUUCCUAUUACACGGAGCCCCAUCUGAAUUUCAUAUCGUCAUCGAGCCUCUGCGCUCUCCCACUCAAGUCACGUUUCACUUUCCCAAGCCCAAAACUCCUUUGACGUUUGAGUGUGAGAGCAAUAGAUCUACUAGCGAAUUCUUGAUUGAAAAUGUCACAGGUUGGGACGAGUGUGAUGGAAAGCUGAGCUUAUCACUUCUCCGAUGGAUACAGAGCGUGAACCCUAAAAAUAAGGCUGCCAUAAUCGAUAUCCUCGAGACCGCCAAACAGUGUGCUCCAGGGUCAAAACAACUUGAAACCGCCCCUCUUGUAGCAGGUGGAAUAGCUCCAAGGGCUACAGAGCACAUAGACAUGACAAGACCUAGCUUUUAUCGCCAUAUGCUACUUUACGAACUCUUUCCAGGUGGGUUGGAGGUCAUCGAUACCAACGCAAGAAAGUUUUAA